AUGGAAAACCUUGUCAAACAGAGCAGUGUCGCAACAACAACAACAACAACAACCCCAACAACAACGACAACAACAACAACAACAACCCCAACAACCCCAACAACGACAACAACCGGAACAUCAAGCUCAACUGUAUCUUCAACAACCACUGGAUCAUCAACCACCACAGGGUCAUCAACCACCACAGGAUCAUCAACUACCACAGGAUCAUCAACUACCACAGGAUCAUCAACUACAACUCGAUCAUCUUCUACAACUGGAUCAUCCACAACUAAUGGAUCAUCAAACACCACAGGAUCAUCAAACACCACAGGAUCAUCAACUACAACUGGAUCAUCAACCACCACAGGACCAACAACUACAACAGCUGGAGCUGGAAGCAUAUUCUCUUCAAUAACAAUGAUUAUAUCAUCAAUCAUUAUUGCUAAAUAUUAAACUUUAUCUUUCAAACAAUAUCAAUCAUUGUAACACUAAAGAAUUAUUACAAUUAAUUCAAUAAAAAAGUAUUGAUAAAAAAUAGAAAAUAUA